GGGGGCGGCGGGGUCUGGGCGCCGGGGCCGGGGCGGGCGAGGAGAGCCCCGCCGCCGCUUUGCCUCGUAUGAAGAAGCGGGACUUCAGCUUGGAACAGCUGCGCCAAUACGACGGGUCCCGCACGCCGCGCAUCCUGCUCGCGGUCAAUGGGAAAGUCUUCGACGUGACCAAAGGCAGCAAGUUCUACGGCCCGGCGGGUCCAUAUGGAAUAUUUGCUGGUAGGGAUGCCUCCAGAGGACUGGCAACAUUUUGCCUAGAUAAGGAUGCACUUAGAGAUGAAUAUGAUGAUCUCUCAGAUUUGAACGCGGUACAAAUGGAGAGUGUUCGAGAAUGGGAAAUGCAGUUUAAAGAAAAAUAUGAUUAUGUAGGCAGACUCCUAAAACCAGGAGAAGAACCAUCAGAAUAUACAGAUGAAGAAGAUACCAAGGAUCACAAUAAACAGGAUUGAACUUUGUAAACAACCAAAGUCAGGGGCCUUCAGAACUGCAAUUCUUACUCCCUUUCACAGAAUGUCCAGCGUCUUUGGUUUGAUUCACCUGCUGCGAAAAACAUUCAACAGAUUCUGUACAAGAUAAAUGGGAUUCACUCUGAAGAUUUGAAUACUAGACAUUAUUUAUGCUGCCAAACCAUUUAUUGCAGUUGUUUGUAAUGUCUGGUGGGGCUUCAUCAUUCUGAAAAGACAGGGAUUUUUUGAAGAGCAAGGAAGUUACGAAGUUACUUUGUCCCUUUUAUUUUUUUCCUUUUGUAAUAUAUCAUAAACAACCAGACAUGUAUUUGCUACUCAAGUGUACAGAUCUCCUCAAAAACAGCAAGGGACUCCUUAUUCAUAUGCUGUGUCUUCAUUUUAGCAUCGGAGGAGGGAGGAGACCUGGACAGGGGAGGUGGGGAUUGCACAUCAAUUUGAGUAGUUUAGGCUACUGAAACAUGAAAAUGUGAAUUCCCACAUUUUUCUUUUUGGGCUUUGUCAGGGAAAAGAAAAAACUUUUUAUUUCUAAGAAAUCUUUGGAAAUUAGGAGAUGGGAUUUCAAGUGGAUUUAAGUUGAAAUUAAUUCUCCAACAGUAAGAUCAUUUGAAACCAGUUCUCUCUUCCCUUUCCUUCCCCUGGAUCAAAUCAAUAUUAAUUGUGCCUUAUUUCACUUACAUAGACUUGAAUUAUUUUUAGGGAAAGCCCCUACAUGAAUUUAGAAGUCACUACAAGCAGCAUUGAGACUGAAGUUGAAAUACUCUGUUGACUGCAAAACCUUGAUGUCAUUCUGUGUACAUAGAAUGUAAAAGGAAUAUUCAGUGUUAACUGCCAUAUAUGUUAAUACACAAAUUAGCAUUGUAAUGGCCAAAUGCAUUCCCCCAGGCUUUUCUCUUUUCAAAAAAAAUUGAAAGACAAAUCGACAACUCUUAUCCCCCAACAGCUGCCUAAUUUUAGGGGUCUGACCCUCACAUCUCACCGGUGUGGGUGCACGGGCUGUGGUGUGGAUGUCUGAGUGGCUGUGUCUGAAUGUGUGUGAGCGCGCCUUGGAAGGGAUUCUGCAGAUACUGUAAAUACAAGUACCGUUUUAAUAAAGCAUGUACAAUAAACCAAAA